CCAGGUGGGAGCAGUGGGAAAGGAGAUGUUCCUCGUGUCUGCGCUGGAAGCAGGAUGAAUCUCAUGUCUAUGGCGACAGAUCCUGAGUUGAAAUGGAUAACCCUGUGGGUCCGCAUCAGGUGGGCAGCCGUGCUCAUGCUCCUCCUGGGCUCGCUUGUGAUGCUGCUGCUCCCGCUGGCUGCUGUGGAAGAUCAGUGCCACGCAGUGCUCAAAGGACUCUCCUUCCUGAAAAGUAAACUGGGCACAGGCUCCUCAGGAGUCACCAGAUACACAGGACAAACAACCGGACUGAGCGUGACCUCCAAUGGGCUGGAGCUGCUGGUGCUCAAAGGCAAAGCCUCCCCAGAAGUGAAGUUAGAAGCCAAAGCGGCUCUGAAUCAAGCCCUCGAAAUGAAGCGCCAAGGAAAGCGGGAGAAAGCCCACAAACUCUUCGUGUAUGCCCUCAAAAUCGACCCUGAUUAUGUGGAUGCCCUAAAUGAAUUUGGUAUCUUUUCUGAAGAGGAAAAAGACAUUCUUCAAGCCGACUAUUUGUACUCCAAAGCACUAACCAUUUCUCCCUGCAACGAGAAGGCUUUGAUCAAUCGGGACCGGACGCUACCUUUAGUUGAAGAGAUAGAUCAGAGGUAUUUUAGCAUUAUUGACAGCAAGGUUAAAAAAGUGAUGGCAAUCCCCAAAGGCAACUCUGCCCUGCGCCGAGUGAUGGAGGAGUCCUAUUACCACCACAUCUACCACACAGUUGCUAUUGAAGGAAACACUCUGACGCUGUCAGAAAUACGACACAUCAUUGAGACCAGAUACGCCGUUCCUGGAAAAAGCUUAGUGGAGCAGAACGAGGUGAUUGGCAUGCACGCAGCUUUGAAAUAUGUCAAUACCACGCUGGUAUCGCGGAUAGGCUCCGUAACCAUCAGUGAUAUCUUGGAGAUACACCGGAGAGUGCUGGGCUAUGCCGACCCAGUGGAGGCAGGGCGGUUCAGGACUACUCAGGUGUUUGUAGGACAUCACAUACCACCGCAUCCCCAAGAUGUUGAGAAACAGAUGCAGGAGUUUGUGCAGUGGAUUAACUCAGAAGAUGCCAUGAGCUUGCACCCUGUGGAAUUUGCUGCAUUAGCUCACUACAAGUUGGUUUACAUCCAUCCAUUUGUAGAUGGCAACGGAAGGACCUCGCGCCUGCUGAUGAACCUCAUCCUAAUGCAGGCAGGCUACCCGCCCAUCACAAUCCGCAAGGAGCAACGGGCCGAGUAUUAUCACGUCUUAGAAGUAGCCAAUGAGGGCGACGUGAGGCCUUUCAUACGCUUCAUUGCCAAGUGUACUGAGACAACUCUGGACAUGUUGCUCAUUGCCACCACAGAAUACUCGGUGGGCUUACCUGAAGCAGAUGGCAGCGCUGCUGGAUGCAAACAAACAAUCCCCGUCAAGACUUGAGGGUUGUGGACUUUUGGGAGCCAAUGAACACGUGGGAGAACAGAACACCCAAGCCACUCAGUAUUCCUGCCGGGAAAUAACUCGACAGGACGUGUCACUCUUUAGCAUUUCAUUUAUUUAAAGUGUCUUACAUUUGCUUAAAUUAAUAUAAUUUAUUUAUGUACAUUAUGC